GUUCGUCGUGGUUUAGUAUGCUGGCGGUCUGCUUUAUCACGCUUCCUUGUUUAUGUUUUUACGAAGCCGCGGGAGUUGUUUCCACCCUCGCUGAGCACAUUGGGCCGCCGCGCUGAUUUAAGGGAAAUGUAGUUCCAAGACUUCGGUGCAAGCGCGGCGGUGGCUUAACACCCACACCAAUUAAAAACUACACUUCCCGUCUACAGUCCAUUUUUCCGUGUUGUUAACGGAUAACCUGGGCUCGGGCGGACUGCAACAACUCUUUAGCUCCAUGUAAACAGCUGCUGCGUCGUUGGGCACAAGAUACCGGUCCCUGUACAUUGCUGACAACUGACAGAAAUGUCAGAGACAUCAAGUGACGCAGAGUCGUCCUGUGGCUGGACCAUUAUCAGUAAUGAGGGUUCAGAUAUCGAGACCUUGGGAUCAGAGGCUGCAGUGGAAGCUGAGCUGUUAGUGCGCCCUCCAGUAAAGGAAGCAAAGCUGCAGGAUAAUGCUCAGCGUGUUGAAGAGAAGGUUGCUGAGUCACUUGACGAGACUCUGGAAGAACAAACCAUAGAUGAGACAUUGUGUUCUUCAGAUCAGGCCGGAGACGACACCAAAGGGAAACAGCAUGUGGCUCUGUUGUCCUCCAGCGAUCACUCGGACAUUGUGACUCUUGGAGACUUGAAGGAGGGCGAGCACGUGGAGGCGGCAGCCAAUAAAGAGUUUUACCUCGGCACCUCCUGCAGCAGCCAGUAUGCCUUCACUGCAACAGAGGCUGUUUUCCAAGUUCAGCAGACUCCAGUGACAAACUCGAGCAGCAGUGAGGACGAGGCAGGACGAAGCACCAGCACUGUGGUCCGAAGACGAAGGUUGAGGAAGAAUACCACAACCAUCGUCACAGAGCCUGAGGAGGAGGUGCUGGAGUCUCGCCACAGUGAGGAGGAGGAGGAGGAGGGGGUUAUAGAACAGCAGUGGCAGCAGGGGGAGGAGGAGGCAGAAGUUAGAAGUCUGGAUUUCCGAAUGCAAGGCCAGGGCAGCAGCAUCCUCAACAGCUGUAUCCUGAUCGCCCUCAUCAUCGCCAUCAGUAUGGGCUGUGGCCACUUCUAUGGUACAGUCCAGAUUCAAGAAAGACAGACGACUGUAAAUAAAAUCAGACUGAAUGAACUUAAUGUUGCGAGGGAUCUGAUUCAACGACAUGAUGGAGAACAAGCUUUUAUAAAAGAGGUCCAGAGGGAUGAGUUUGGUUUGGAUGACCCGGAGGAGCAAAAAGGGAUUUCUUUGCUCACAGAAGUGAUUGAGAAGAUAAAGAAAGAGAACCUGGAGCUCAACAUCAAACAGGAGCAUAUUCAGGCCCAGAGAGAUGACCUGGAACUGCUGCUGAAACAGAAGACUGAGGAGAGGACACACAUUGUGUCUCAGCAGCAGGAGCUGGCAGCUGAGAAUCAGCUGCUGAAAACCUCCCUAGAACGUGAAGAAAAGUCCCUUUCCACCCUACAGCAGCAGCUGAGAAACCUGCGCUCAAAGAUUAGAGAUUGGGAGGCGAUGGGAGCUGGUACCGACUCGCUGCUGUCAGAAAUACAGAGGCUGAAAGACCAGCUGGAGGAGGAGAAACGGCUGAUUGAAAGCUUCCACAGCCAGAGGGAAGACAUGGUGGCUGAAGCACAGACGCUGAAUAAUAAACUUGACAAGGAGAGAGCGAUUACAGGUGAGCUGAGGAGAGAGUUAAAUGUGCUGAGAAAUGACAUCCACGAAGCUGGAAAAGAAGCUGGUUCAGAGGCAGAAGAGCUCCAAUCACGACUGAUGGAGCUGGAGAAGAGGCUGAGCUUUGAGCAGCAGCGCUCGGACCUGUGGGAGAAGCUGUAUGUGGAAACCAAGGAAGACCGAGCUAAAGGAGACACAGAGUCCAAAGUGAAAAUAACAAAUGAGGGCAUGGCAGGGAAAGUGAAACAGACAUUUGAUGCUGUGAAGAACUCCACGAAGGAGUUUGUCCAUCAUCACAAAGAGCAGAUAAAGAAAGCGAAGGAAGCUGUGAAGGAGAACCUGAGGAAGUUUUCAGAUUCUGUCAAAUUAACUUUCCGACACUUCAAGGAUUCAGCUUCGACCUUCAUCAACAAAGCCAGUGGGUUUAAUGAUAAGGGACGUGGGGAGAAGAACACAAAAGAGUCGUGGAGCCACAGAUUCCACAAACCUCCUCACAGAAACCAACGCAAAGCUGACGAUUCCUUCCACAGCAACCACAACACUCGUAAGUCAGGGGAUAAAUUUCACGAAGGUCAAGACGCCCACGAGACCAACUUGAAAGGAUGCUCCGGCGUUUUCGACUGCGUGUAUCAGGAGUCCAUGAAUCACUUCGACAAAGCCAUGGAGCCAAUCGGAGCGGAUGAAUUUUACCAGCUGCUGGAAAGCUACGUGCACCAAGAAGUCGACCACUUCCACCACUGGAAAGAGCUGGAGGUGUUCAUCAACAGCUUCUUCCACAACGGCGUGUUCAUCCACGACCAGAUGCUGUUCACAGACUUUUUCAGCGUUGUGGAAAACUAUCUGACUGAAAUUCACGAGUCUGAGUAUCACGGCCUCGAUGGGGUCGUAUUCAGAGAUCUUGAUGACUUCUUCCACCGGCACUUCUUUGGAGAGGCUGAGAGAAGAAACUAUGUCCCAACUGGGCCGUUUGAAAGACCAGACACGGACCGUAAGGAGUCGAGGGCGAAGCAUCAACAGCGAAAGCAGCAGAGAGCCAGAUCUCGACCACACAGUGAACGCAAAAGGAGCCGAUCAGGAAGAAACGCAGACAGACACAUGGCUGACGUCAAAAUAGAACUGGGUCCGAUGCCUUUUGAUCCCAAAUACUAAAAACAUCUCAACUGGUUUCACAUUAUGUUUGCAAAUUCUGUUUUGGGUUGUGUUUAGAAGCAAAGUCUCGUGUAAGUUUGCACAAUGUUAACGUUUUAAUGCUACUGAAUGUCCUUGAGCUGUUUUGUUUUUAGUGAAGUAAUCGUUAUGUUUGAGUGAAAGAUGUGGCAUAUCUGAUUCACACGUUUCAUAGAUAAAACUCACUGUAAAUUGGGGACCUGAUGAUUUAUUUCUUAAACGCCAUUGAAAUCCAUCUUCAACCACUGCACUUUAAAAAAUACACAUGAAAUUAUUGAGCAUAGAAAUGUUGAUUGGGAUUGGGACAUGCCACAUUGUUGGAUGUUUUUGUCUAUAGCCAUGUAGUGAGUGUGUGAAGUGAUUUUAAUUUUCUCUGAGGUAAUAUGCAGUUUUCUAACAUUCCACCUUAUGCCAGUUUUAUUUGUUUUUCUAUUUACAAGUGUUGGCAAAAAAUGACAGGAAGAAAUGAUGUCACCAAAUUUAGUUGUGAAGAUAAAUACAGUUGGUGUUACACAUUUGACUCAUCUGACAAUUGGUAUUUCAAAAUAACGGAGUUAUUACAAUAUUUAUUACAGUAGAAAAUCCAUACCAAGUGACAUUCUCAUUUAGGACAGAAACUUGCCAUUGCUCCUGUGUUUGUCAGUGCCUUUCAUAAAUAAAGAUGCUUCCUCCAACUCUU